UACUGAAGUAAACAUUGACUGUAGAGAAUCGCCGUUAAUUGAUUAUUAACUUACAAUGAUUAAAAUGAAAGUGUAUUGUGUUAUUAUAAUAUUUGCUUUUAUGUGUACAAAAUCCGAUGGAAUGAAGUCCAAAUUAUCUUUAGAGUUACAUUUUGAUGAACGAGAUUUAUUAAGAUAUUUGAGAGUAGUGGAUCGAGUAAUAAGCUUUUAUACGGAAAACAAACAUGAAAUAGACGUACCUGUAUAUUUUGGAUUAUUCUUGGCAAAUGUUAAUAUCAAAUACUCCGUUUUAAAUGCGAAAAAAAUCAAUCCAUCUGUUCAGAUUUUAUUGGAUAGAAUCAUAUUGAAGAACGAUAAACUGAUCUCAUUCUAUCAUCAUAAGGUAAACAGUAUGAAAAUUGAAGACGACGAGAAUAUGAACUAUCGAAUAUACCCUCUUUUUUCAAAUGAAGACAAGUGGCUAAGGAGAAUGAAGAGAUUUCGUCAGAAAUAUUCUGUUUUAUUUUCAUAUACCUAUGAAGAGCUAUCACAACGGUUCGGUGAUAUUAAAUCGUACAACAAUUUGCUAUGGGACUUCGAACAAGGGAUACCUACUCCCAAUCAAUCAGAUGUUUGUCUUGCUUCAUUGGCUUCGAACCUGCUGGAAAAAUAUAGACGCUGUGACCUAGAGGACGGCUGUAUCGACAUACUAAGAAAUGGAACUGAUUUUGGAUAUGCAAUAACACACAGAUUGCUCCACUUUAUAUUGGCUCGGUACGGCGUCGGUUGCAGAAUAUUUUCAAAAGAAGAGGACGAGCGACUUUCGAAACAGCUGUGUUCUAAAUGUUUCGCUGAAGUUCAAUAUAUUGCCUACAAUAAGUUUGCGCUGGUGGAUAUUAUGUUUGAGAUGACAGUCAGUUUUUGUGCUCUGGAGGGUCACGUCCCGUUUCUCCGUCGAUCCUGGCUCGAAGAACUACGUUGUUUCCAGACAAGUUAUGGAUGUUUCCGACAAAGCAUUCGAAAAGAAAAAAUAUUUAAAAUUUGUAAGCUGAACUAUCCUUGGAAACCGGAAUAUCGGAAUGAUGAUUACGAUAUAUCGGACGGUGAAUGUGGCAACCAUGUGACAGCUGUGGCUGUAUCAACGUACGCUAUAGCAGCGAGAUACAUAAUAGAAAACAAUUUCUAAAAUGCAUUUUAACCUGGCCCUUCGUACGAUCUUAGUCAUGUUUAGUAAUUUUUGCUAAGUGAUGUAUGUAAUAUUAAAUGGCGCAGGAUCACUACACUGUCGUUUGUCACUCCCAUAGACUAACAAUAUAUCCAAAGUAUUUUUGGACAUAUGUUAACUCAAAAAAGACUGGAUCUUGGAUACCACAAAAGCUAAGAUAUAAAGAUAUUUCAUCGGAUGAUGGAUACACAAUUUGUAAUCUUUUUAAUAACUAUUUCAACUCUGUUUUUAUAAAUUCAAGUACUCCCGAUUUUCAUAUUAAUAAUUAUAGCUUUUCAAAUGCGCCUUUAGAUGUGAGUACUA